AAUAAGUCCAUCUGUGAAAUUUCCUUGCUACUAAAUAUUCCACGGUCAACUGUUAGCGGUAUUAUCACAAAGUGGAAGCAACUGGGAACAACAGCAACUCAGUCACAAAGUAAUAAGCCAUGUAAAAUGACAGAGCGGGCUCAGCGCAUACACAGUGGGCAAAAGUCUCCAAAUGUCUGCAGAGUCAAUAGCUAAAGACCUCCAAACUUCAUGUGGCCUUCAGAGAGCUUCAUGGAAUGGGUUUCCAUGGCCAAGCAGCUGCAUCUAGGCCUUACAUAACCAAGUGUAAUGCAAAGCGUUGCAGUGGUGUAAAGCACACCACCACUGGACUCUAG